GAGGCGGGGGAGGAGGGGAAGGGAUAGGCGCGAGGUACUCUGGGUAGGAGACGGCCUUCGACGGAGGCGCCAUUUUGUGAAGCGGUGGACCCUGCUGCAAUUCUGGAGCACAAAACCGCUACUGCUGCUACUUCUGUCUUUCUUGGGGAAAAGACAAAAUUUGAACCUUUUGGAGCAGUGUGCUAGAUCUUCAGUAGGACAAUGGGUUCAGACAAACGAGUGAGUAGAACAGAGCGCAGUGGAAGGUAUGGUUCCAUCAUAGACAGGGAUGACCGUGAUGAGCGUGAAUCAAGAAGCAGGCGGAGGGACUCAGAUUAUAAAAGAUCUAGUGAUGAUCGGAGGGGUGAUCGAUACGAUGACUACCGAGACUAUGACAGUCCAGAGAGAGAACGUGAAAGAAGGAACAGUGACCGAUCUGAAGAUGGCUACCAUUCAGAUGGUGACUAUGGCGAGCAUGACUAUAGGCAUGACAUCAGUGAUGAGAGGGAGAGCAAGACCAUCAUGCUUCGCGGCCUUCCUAUCACCAUCACGGAGAGCGAUAUUCGAGAAAUGAUGGAAUCAUUUGAAGGCCCUCAGCCUGCGGACGUGAGGCUGAUGAAGAGGAAAACAGGUGUAAGCCGUGGUUUCGCCUUCGUGGAGUUUUAUCACUUGCAAGAUGCUACCAGCUGGAUGGAAGCCAAUCAGAAAAAGUUGGUGAUUCAAGGAAAGCAUAUCGCAAUGCAUUAUAGCAAUCCCAGACCUAAGUUUGAAGAUUGGCUUUGUAACAAGUGCUGCCUUAACAAUUUCAGGAAAAGACUAAAAUGCUUCCGAUGUGGAGCAGACAAGUUUGAUUCUGAACAGGAAGUGCCCCCUGGAACCACAGAAUCAGUUCAGUCUGUGGAUUACUACUGUGAUACAAUCAUACUUCGAAACAUAGCUCCACACACUGUGGUGGAUUCCAUCAUGACAGCGCUGUCUCCCUACGCGUCCUUAGCUGUCAAUAACAUUCGCCUCAUAAAAGAUAAACAGACCCAGCAGAACAGAGGUUUCGCGUUUGUGCAGCUGUCUUCUGCAAUGGAUGCUUCUCAGCUGCUUCAGAUACUACAGAGCCUCCAUCCUCCUUUGAAAAUUGAUGGCAAAACUAUUGGGGUUGAUUUUGCAAAAAGUGCCAGAAAAGACUUGGUCCUCCCAGAUGGUAACCGGGUCAGCGCCUUCUCUGUGGCUAGUACAGCCAUUGCUGCCGCUCAGUGGUCAUCCACCCAGUCUCAGAGUGGUGAAGGAGGCAGUGUUGACUACAGUUACUUGCAACCAGGCCAAGAUGGCUACGCCCAGUAUGCUCAGUAUUCACAGGAUUACCAGCAGUUUUAUCAGCAACAAGCUGGAGGAUUGGAAUCUGAUGCAUCAUCUACAUCAGGCACAGCAGUGACCACCACCUCAGCAGCUGUAGUGUCUCAGAGUCCCCAGCUGUAUAACCAAACCUCCAAUACACCCGGCUCUCCGACUGAGGAAGCACAGCCUAGCACUAGCACAAGUACACAGGCCCCAGCCGCUUCCCCCACUGGUGUAGUUCCUGGUACCAAAUAUGCAGUGCCUGACACAUCCACUUACCAGUAUGAUGAAUCUUCAGGAUAUUAUUAUGAUCCAACCACAGGGCUAUAUUAUGACCCCAACUCACAGUACUACUACAAUUCCUUAACUCAGCAGUACCUGUACUGGGAUGGAGAAAAGGAGACCUAUGUGCCGGCCGCGGAAUCUAACUCCCACCAGCAGACGGGCCUCCCUCCUGCAAAAGAGGGGAAGGAAAAGAAAGAAAAACCCAAGAGCAAAACAGCCCAGCAGAUUGCCAAAGACAUGGAACGCUGGGCUAAGAGUUUAAACAAGCAGAAAGAAAAUUUUAAAAACAGCUUUCAACCUGUCAAUUCUUUGAGGGAAGAAGAAAGGAGAGAAUCUGCUGCAGCAGAUGCUGGGUUUGCUCUCUUUGAGAAGAAGGGAGCCUUAGCAGAAAGGCAGCAGCUCAUCCCUGAAUUGGUGCGAAAUGGAGACGAGGAAAAUCCCCUCAAAAGGGGUCUGGUUGCUGCUUAUAGUGGUGACAGUGACAAUGAAGAGGAGCUAGUGGAGAGACUUGAGAGUGAGGAAGAAAAGCUGGCCGACUGGAAGAAGAUGGCCUGCUUGCUCUGCCGGCGCCAGUUCCCAAACAAAGACGCCCUGGUCAGGCACCAGCAGCUCUCAGACCUACACAAGCAAAACAUGGACAUCUACCGACGAUCCAGAUUGAGUGAGCAGGAGCUGGAAGCCUUGGAGCUGAGGGAGAGAGAGAUGAAAUACCGGGAUCGAGCUGCAGAAAGACGAGAGAAGUAUGGCAUCCCAGAACCUCCAGAACCCAAGCGCAAGAAGCAGUUUGAUGCUGGCACUGUGAAUUACGAGCAGCCCACCAAAGAUGGCAUUGACCACAGUAACAUUGGCAACAAGAUGCUGCAGGCCAUGGGUUGGAGGGAAGGCUCGGGUUUGGGAAGAAAGUGUCAAGGCAUCACAGCCCCCAUUGAGGCUCAAGUCCGGCUAAAAGGAGCUGGCCUAGGAGCCAAAGGCAGCGCAUAUGGACUCACUGGUGCAGAUUCCUACAAAGAUGCUGUACGGAAGGCCAUGUUUGCCCGCUUCACUGAGAUGGAGUGAGACUCAGAGGGGUGACAAAGAGCACGGAGUGCUCCAGCUCCUAAAUUCACUCUGACCACCUUUCUCUUUAAGGGCAUGCCUCAUGCUGUUAAUAGUUUUUAGGGUGAACCACUUCAUUCUGAAGGGUUCUCCCACUUAAAGGAGUUCCCCUUGUAUGAGUUAUCUGGUGAAUGGACUGCCUUCCUGCCAGAGGGCUUUUGAGCUGGCCAAGGGGACAGUGGGUCUUUUAUACUUCUGUGUAUAUAGUGUAAUGUAGUGUGUUUUACAUGUGUAGCCUAUGUUAUGAUCCAGCACCCCCUUGCAUUCCUAGGGGUUGUUGAGAUGCCCUAGGUGGUAUGUAACACCAAAGCCGCCUCUGUCAUUCGUUGUGCUGUCUUUUCUUGGCAAAAGCCUUGUGUAUAUUUGUACAUUACACAUUUGUACAGAAUUUUGGAAGAUUUUCAGUCUAGUUGCCAAAUCUGGCUCCUUUACAAAAGAAAUACCUUGGAAAAUGA